GGUAGCUGCGCCUAUAAAAGGCCAACAGAGAGACCACAAGAAGAAUAGAAACUUGAUCUUUGCUAAUCAUCCUCGGGCACUUAAAGAAACCAGAGAAAAGAAACAUGAGGAUAAUUGUCUCCAUAUUGUUUGUUGCGUCACUUCUUCUAAUCACUUCAUCUCUUGCUUCGGCUACUAUCUCAGGUGGUGGUGGCGCCGCGGCUCUUGCGCCGGAAAUCAAAGUGGGACCAGAAUUAGAUAAGUGGUGUGGAGGGAAGUGUGAAGUGAGAUGCAAAGAUGCAGGGAUGAAUGAUAGAUGUUUGAAGUAUUGUGGAAUAUGUUGCAAAGAGUGCAAGUGUGUUCCGUCAGGAACUUAUGGGAACAAGCAUGAGUGUCCUUGCUACCGUGACAAGCUCAGCAGCAAAAAGACUCCCAAGUGUCCUUGAUUCUCCCGUGACAAGUUCUGCAGCUAUGUUCGAUCCAACCAAAUUUUAAAUAAAUAAAAAGAAAGAUCCGGUGAACUUAAUAGAAAAGGAUCUUUUGCUUAUGAGUUUUUCUCUUCUUUUUAAGGUGUUAAUUGAGUUCUAGUUAUUAUGAUGUGGACUUAUAAACUUACAAAAAUCCAAAAUAUUUAUUGGCCCACAAAA